GAGCUGGUACCAGUUCGACUUCCCACUGCAAGUUAUUUCGAAGGUGCAGCUGAAGAAAAUGAAAACUAUGAGCAAGCAAGCAGGCAACCUCGUCUUUGA